AUGGAGCGUAAAAUAAUCAGAAGAGAAAAAGAAAGGGAGUAUGAAGGGAGGCACAACAGCCUGGAAGAUGCUGAGCAAGGCAAGAACUGCAAAUCCACGCUGAUGACCCUCAACGUUGGUGGAUAUUUAUACAUUACUCAAAAGCAAACACUGACCAAGUACCCAGACACUUUCCUUGAAGGUGUUGUAAAUGGGAAAAUCCUCUGCCCAUUUGAUGCUGAUGGCCAUUACUUCAUAGACAGGGACGGACUCCUCUUCAGGCACGUCCUAAACUUCCUACGAAAUGGAGAACUUCUAUUGCCCGAAGGGUUUCGAGAAAAUCAACUUCUUGCUCAAGAAGCAGAAUUCUUCCAGCUCAAGGGGCUGGCAGAGGAAGUGAAGUCCAGGUGGGAAAAAGAACAGCUGACACCCCGAGAGACUACUUUCUUGGAAAUAACAGAUAACCAUGAUCGUUCACAAGGACUGAGAAUCUUCUGUAAUGCUCCUGAUUUCAUAUCAAAAAUAAAAUCUCGCAUUGUCCUGGUGUCCAAAAGCAGGCUGGAUGGGUUUCCGGAGGAGUUUUCUGUGUCAUCAAAUAUCAUCCAGUUUAAAUACUUCAUCAAGUCUGAGAAUGGCACUCGACUCGUACUAAAGGAAGACAACACCUUUGUCUGCACCUUGGAAACUCUUAAGUUUGAGGCCAUAAUGAUGGCUUUAAAGUGUGGUUUUAGACUGCUGACCAGCCUGGACUGCUCCAAAGGGUCAAUUGUUCACAGUGAUGCACUUCAUUUUAUCAAGUAA